AUCAGUCACCUACGCCGCGUGGCGCCGCCAGUCCGUGUUCUACCAGCGAACCAGCCGCCUGGUGUGGUCCCUCCUGUCAGCCCUAGUCCAGCGCCAGCGACGCCGAGUUCAUCCGACCACGAUCAUGCUGGACGAGAGUCAGAAACCCUGCUGCCUUCCCCUCAAGGAGGAGUUCCAGCGCUCCAAGUUCUCGCUGCAUCACGACGAUCCCCGUGUCUUCUGUCGCUCUCAAUGGCAGCGCGGGGAUCGCAAUAUUCUGUGGCUGCUGUACCGCUGGAUCUGGGCAGCGUUCUUUGCCGGAGGUGUGAUUGGCAGCCUGGUAAAUAGUUAUAAUGGAGGAACUUGGUUUAUCUACCUCACGGAUUGGGGGUUUACGCUGUGCUUCUAUGCCUGUACUUAUGGAGCAGUCGUGGCCACUAUUUACUUUAUCAAGCCAUCGUAUUUUGCUCCUGGCAGCGUGGCUCUGAAGAUCUAUUGGCUUUCUCACUAUACAACUGUGGUGAUUGCCAUGAUGAUAACACUUGUGUUCUGGGCAGCGCUCUAUCCAUCCAUGCCUGAAAUGGGUGCAGAACUGUACAACCUCUGGGCCCACGCCUUCAACUCAAUUUUCAUGAUCUUUGACUGCUUUAUGGUGGCCUUUCCCACUCGCAUCAUGCACUUUGUCUACCCCUUCGCUGCGGGCAUCACAUAUGGGAUUUUCUCGCUAAUUUACUUCUGGUCCGGAGGCACUGAUUUCAUGGGUAAUCGUUACAUUUACUUUAUCUUGGAUUGGGAGAGACCGGGCCUUGCCAUAGGAACGGUUUUUGGCUGCGUGGCGCUGGUGAGCUGCUUCUGCUUGUGUGUCUUUGGAUUCUACAGACUCCGCCUGUCCAUCUACAACUGCUGUGGGAGGAAGCAGGUAGAGAUCCCAGAGACAAGAGCCUCGACGGAGACAGUGCAAACCGCUUGAAACAGUCUUAUAUUCUAGAUAUUUUAAAGCGUAGACUAUUACUAUCUUAAAAAGUACCAUAAGCUUAUUCUUAGUCAGAAAUCUUCAGGAAUUCCAACGAUCUAUUAAAUCCCGAACGGCUACAAUAGA